AUGGGGCGAAUUCUGGCGGACGAGGCGCGGGGGGAUGUGCUAGUGAUCGACGGCCGGCAGGUGGCGGGCGGCGGCGACGUGGCAGCGCUAUGGGGCGCAUGCGAGGAGAGGGUGGCCGUUAGGGGCGCGCGCAGCGUGGAGUGGAGUGCAGAGGGCGUGCUGCGCAAGAAGCUCACCACACCGCAUGCCAUCUCCCAGGUGCUGCGCUCAUGCCAUUUCUCAUGCCGUCUCCCAGCCUGGGGCGAGCUACAUGCAACGGGUCAAGCUGAUGGGCAAAGCGGCCUCUUUGCUCGCCCGUGUGGCAGCGAUGGGGUGGUGGCUGUUAUGGUCCCCUUCGGUCAAUCGCCUCUCCCCUCCCCCCCUGCACCCCUCGUUGCUCUGCUCCCUCGCCACCCUUCUUGCACGUUGUUUCAAACUCUCUCACCCUGCCUGCCCUGCCCCCUGCCCUCCCUGCCCGCCCUGCCCCCCUGCGCCCUGUCUGUCCCGCAUGCAGGUGACAUGCACGAGAUGCUGCUGCCCUUCACCUGCUCGCGCCUCUGGCCGCUCCCCAUCGGCCUGCUGCUGCAGCCCCUGCCAUCCCAGCCGUCUCUGCCGUCUCAGCCAGCACACACACACGCCUUCCACUCACCCACACCUCUCCCCACCCACCCCCUCGCCCCCUCCCCCGCCGCACCGUUUCCGCCCUCCCCUCCCUUUGCCUUCCCCAUCCCCACUGCUGCCACUGCUCCCUUCCCCUCGCCCGCCUCCCCCAUUCCGUUCCCCGCUCUCUCCCCCCACACGCCUGCCAUCACCCCCUCCCUUCCUGCACCUGCCACUGCCGCCACCGCCGGUGCUGGUGGGGCAGCUGGCGGGCAGGCAGGGCGGGCAGCAAGUGGCGCGAUGGGUGCUGCUGACUGGGCGGAUGGGGCAGUGGGUGGGGCGCACAUGGGGGGUGCUUUCAUGGAGGCAGGGUGCUUCACGCUCUCACAUGCUCAUGAGGAACUGCAGCCGGUGGGCAUGGAGGGCGGGCCGCCAUGGCAGCAGGGAGGAGGGGGCGAGGAGGUGCUCUGGUCGUCCACCGAGGUGCCGCUGCUCGCCACCUUCAACCACGCCCGCCGCCAGCACUCCGUGUGGCACCUGCGCUACCUCCCACACCGCUUCCUGCACCAAUCACCUGUCGCCACGUCAGCAGCAGAGCUGGACCCGCUACUUGCGGGGCUGAGCCCCGUGUCUCCAGCAACAGCUGCAGCUGCUGGGAGGGCGGGGGGGGUGAGGGCGGGGGGCCAGGAGGGUGUGGCGGCAGGGAGAGGAGGGGGUGUGGGUGGGGAUGCGGGCAUGGUGGGCGAUCUGAGGCUGCAGGCGGGGCGAGGGGAUGGUGAGGGCAGCGUGGGCAGUGGGGGAAGGCGGGGGAGGGGAGGCGGAAGAGGAGACGUGGCAGCAGCGGCAAAGCUGAGUCGCUUCGCGGGGGGUGGGGGGGACGGGUUGCCUGCUGGAGGGGUGGGGGUUAGAGCAGCAGCUGGACAGGAGGGACACGUCCGGCGGAGCAUGGAGGGGCAGGCAAGGGGGGGAGGGGCGGGGGAGAAGGAUGGGGUGGCUGCAGAGGCAAGGGCGGGAGGCGAGAGGUGGGAUCCGGAGGGAGAGGGCGGAGGGUGGUGUGUGCGCAUGUCUCGUGUGUGGACGGGCCUCACAGGCCAGGACAAGGCCUCCCACGUCCUGCUGCUCUCCCACACCCCUCUUCCCUCCUCUCCCCCCGCCCCCUCCUCUCCAUGCCCCCACCGCACCUCACUCCCUCCCGCCAUCGCGCAUCUCCUCAGCCCCUCGCCCCCCCGUGGCUCCGCCUCCCUUGCCUUCUGCUCACCCGCUAGCCAGCGCGUGUGGGUGCGACACGUGGCGUAUGGGGGGGCAGGGGACGGUCCGGGCGAAGGGGAGGCGGAGGAGGAGGAGAGCAGGGCCGAUGGGGAAGGGGGGAGUGGGGGAGGCGGGGAUGAGGGCAGGGGGAGGGUGGUGCACAUGGAGGGGCGGCGCUGCUGGUCGGUGGAGGCUGUCUCCGCUGUGGCUCUGAGCCACACAGCUCCCGUCACCCCUCUGCACCGCAUCAAUCGCUUUCUCCUGGUUGCGGACCGGCAUGGCUCGCUCACGCUGAUGCACGGCCCUUUGCUGCUCUGGCGGGCGCCCUGCACCACCUUCCUCGUGCACCAUGGCAUCCACGUGGACCAAUCAGAGCUCGCCACGUGUCCCCUGCGCCUGUCUGCCCCUCUGGGCGACCGCGUGUCCAUUGUUCUCCCCAACAACCAGGAGCAUCGCUUCCAAGUCAAGCUAGCAGUCGCAGCUUACCUGCCUGCCAGGUGUCUCACUGCCAUUCGUGCAAGCCCCUUCCCCCGCCGCCUCUCCCACGACCUGCGCUGCACCCUGCUCACCGCGCGCCUCUGGCGGCUGCAGCACAAGGGGGAGGAGAAGGCAGACGGGAGUGUGGAGAGAAGUGGUGCGGCUGGUGGCAGGCAGCGGGUGGAGCUUGUGAAGCUGUGUGCGCUGGUGGGCGCAGCUGGUGGCGCUGCUGAUGGUGCAGAGGGAGGGGAGGGGGAGGAGUGGCACACACUGCUGUGUGUGGUGGAGGAGUGGAUUGAAGCGGCGCUCGUGGGGGAUGGUGCUCUCAGUGGCACUGGCAGGCAGGGCGCAGAGGGAGAGGUUGAGCAAGGGGGGGAGGCAAUGGAGGUGGAUGGUGAGGCUGACAGGGGCAGUGCAGGCAGGGGGGCACAGGGAGGCGCGGCCAAGGGGGUAAGGCGGAGCAAUGCAGAGUUGGGGGAGGGGAGGGAAGAAACAGCAGGUGGGGAGGGGGGAGACGAGGUGCAGCAGUCAGCAUGGGAGCAGCUGCUAGAAAGCCAGCACCACCGCCACCUGCUGCUCGCUGGUGCCCCCCCCUGGAUGCCCUUCCCCCUCCCCUCGCCCCCAACCACCGCGCAUGCUGCGCCUCCUCGCCCUGCUGCUGCUAGCUCUGCUACAGAGGGCAGUGCGCGGGGAGGGGAGAGAGGGGGGAACGGGGAGGGCGUGCAGGUGGGGGGAGAGUGGGGCGAGGGCGGGGAGGGUGUGGGGGUGGGCGAGUUGGUGGAGUUGCUGCGGGCGCUGCACGGCGUGUAUGAGGAGAGCCGCCUUGAUGCCCUGUGCCGCAGCUCGCUGCCCCGUCUGGCAGCGCUGGUGUGGGUGCUGGCAGCAGUGCUGGGCGCGCAUGACUUGUGCGACCACUACCAGCGCCACCACCCCUCCCUCUCCCUCCUCGCACGCUCCUUCCCCCCCAUUCUGUCAGAGCGCGCACUGCCCCCCCACCCCACACUGCCAUCCGUCGUGCCAUGUGUCUUCACCUGGUUGGCUCGCACCGUGCAGUACGGUCCAAAGCAUGCCGCCCCUUGGCUGGCGUGGAUGCCGCCCUCCUUGCUGUCCGCUGCCGCCCAGCCCAUGCUGGACAGCGCAGGGCAGGUGGCAGAGAAAGUGGGGGAAGAGGAGGUGGGCAAUGGGGAGGGGAGAGGCAGAGAGGCGAGUGUACAGCAGGGAGCGAGGGAGGGCGAGUGGUGGGAGGAGUGGGAGGGCGAGUGGUGGGAGGAGUGGGAGGGCGAGUGGUGGGAGGAGUGGGAGGGCGAGUGGUGGGAGGAGUGGGAGGGCGAGGGGGAAGGCGGGCCUGGGCUGCUGCCCCUGGUGGUGCCGCUCUUCUCGCUGCUCUUCCCCCGCGGUGCCUGGACCCGCCCUGCUGCCCGCCCGCCCUCCAAGGCCAGGCACAAGCCGGCGGUGAGGGAGGAGGCGUCAGGUGGAGGGAAGGCAGGCACUGACAAGGGAGGGAAAGGGGGAGCAGCAGGGGGUGAGAGUGAGGGCGAGAGAGUGGUGACUGCAGCUGGGGGCGAUGGUGUAGCGGGGUUGAGUGAGCGGUGUGUGGCAGCCAUGGUGGCGGCACACAUGGGGAGGUCCGACCUCCAGAGGCUGCCCCCUGCCGUCGCCCUGCCCCUUCUACAGGCACUGCACGUGUGCAGGGAAAACCCUCCCCCAGGCUGGCCAGCAGCGGCAUACGUGUUGGUGGGGAGAGACGACCUGGCUGCCACCGCCACCGCCUGCCUGCACUGCUUCUCCCUCCGCCACUCGCCGCUGCCUCGCUGCCCCUCCCCUCACUCGCAUCUCAGCAGCGCUAAGGAAGCCACCAUCACCGCAAGCGCGCCACCGCGCACCACUGCACCGCCCCUUUCCCCACACUCCCUUUCGCCUCUCGCCUUCUCCUUCCCUCCCACUGUGCUCGUGCGCCCACUCUCCCCCUUCCCCUCGUCCCCCCACUCCGCCCUGCACCCCUCUCUCGCCCUCCCCGGAUCCCACGCCUCUCAAGGCCUUGCCUCCGCCUCAGGGGUGGGCGUGGGGGGCAUGGGGGCGGGGGCGGGCAGCGGAGUGGGGGUGGGGGGGGCAUCGGACGCGACUGGGGUGGGAGGGGGAGGGGCGGGAGUGGAGGGCGCAGGGGGAGAGGGCAUGGUGGCGGACGGCAUGGAGCAUCUGCUGCUGCCGCCCGCCCGCUCCCUGCUCGCCCUGCGCUUCCCCUGUGACCUUCGUCUUGCUGAGGUGCGUCGCCUGCUGUGCUCUGCGCGCCCAGUGCCCCUGCCGGCCGCCGCUGCUUCUGAUUCCACCGACCCCGACGCCCUCGCCGCCCACCAGGCGCGGCUAUGGCAGGUGGCGCAUCGCACGGUGGCGCUACCGCUGGGCCGCGCUGCCUUCACCUUCGCCACCGCCCCGCCCACCCUCACCCAGGCCCUGUCGGUCCCCAAGCUGGUGCUGGCGGGGCGCUUGACGGCGCAGAACGACGCCACGGUGGGGCUGGACGGCACGCUGGGCAACCUAUCAGAGCUCGCCACGUGGCCGGAGUUCCACAAUGGAGUGGCAGCCGGCCUCAAGCUCGCCCGUGUGCCCCCGGGCACAGUCACACGGGCAUGGGUGGUGUACAACCGGCCAGCGGAGGCGAGCAGUGCACACGGGGGGUUGCUCAUGGCGCUGGGGCUGCGCGGCCACCUGCGUGUGCUCGCCCCCACCGACUUCUUCCGCGACCUUGCCCUCGAGCACGAGGCGACGACGGUGGGCGUGCUGCUGGGCGCUGCUGCGUCGUACCGCGCUACCAUGGACGCCAAUAUCUGCAAGAUGCUCUAUCUGCACAUCCCAUCGCGCCACCCUCCGUCCUUCCCCGACCUCGAGCUCCCUCCCUCCAUUCAGACGGCAGCGCUGGUGGGCGUGGGGCUGCUGCACAUGGGGUCAGCGCACCGCCUCACCACUGAGAUCCUGCUAGACGAGAUAGGGCGCAAGCCAGAGGGGGAGGGCAGCAUGGAGAGGGAGGGGUACUCUCUUGGGGCUGGCCUCGCUCUGGGGCUAGUCACCCUCGUCAGACACUCGGUGGUUUCUAUGCCUGUCUCGAUUAUCUGGCGCACAUCUACUCCUGUCUCCUCACCUUCGCCCAUCUCUUUGUUUCCUGCGCCCUCACACCUGCGCCCUCACACCUGCGCCCUCACACCUGCGCCCUCACACCUGCGCCCUCGCACCUGCGCCCUCACACCUGCACCCUCGCACCUGCGCCCUCACACCUGCGCCCUCGCACCUGCGCCCUCGCACCUGCGCUCUUCAACAUGCCUCGAACGCCCACGGCGGGACACACACAGGCACGGCAGGGAGGGCGUGGGGGCUGUGGGACCUGCGGAUGGAGGACCGAUUGCAACGCUACUUCUCUCCCGCCCUCGACCCUUCCGUAUGCCCCUCCUCCUCACUCCCUUCUGCUCCUCGCUGCUCCCUUCCCUUGCUCAUUCGUCUCCUCACUCCCUUGGUCUCCUCACUCCCUUCGUCUCCUCACUCCCUUCGUCUCCUCACUCCUUUCGUCUCCUCACUCUCUUGUCGAACAACGAGGCGGUGGCGGCGCGCCUGGCCCCGCCAGCAACGCACUUCGCCCUCGAGUUUGUGCGCCCCGACUUCAUCCUCCUGCGCGUCCUCGCGUGCUCCCUCAUCCUCUGGGACAGGUGCGCUCAUCCUCUGGGACAGGUGCGCUCAUCCUCUGGGACAGGUGCGCUCAUCCUCUGGGACAGGUGCGCUCAUCCUCUGGGACAGGUGCGCUCAUCCUCUGGGACAGGUGCGCUCAUCCUCUGGGACAGGUGCGCUCAUCCUCUGGGACAGGUGCGCUCAUCCUCUGGGACAGGUGCGCUCAUCCUCUGGGACAGGUGCGCUCAUCCUCUGGGACAGGUGCGCUCAUCCUCUGGGACAGGUGCGCUCAUCCUCUGGGACAGGUGCGCUCAUCCUCUGGGACAGGUGCGCUCAUCCUCUGGGACAGGUGCGCUCAUCCUCUGGGACAGGUGCGCUCAUCCUCUGGGACAGGUGCGCUCAUCCUCUGGGACAGGUGCGCUCAUCCUCUGGGACAGGUGCGCUCAUCCUCUGGGACAGGUGCGCUCAUCCUCUGGGACAGGUGCGCUCAUCCUCUGGGACAGGUGCGCUCAUCCUCUGGGACAGGUGCGCUCAUCCUCUGGGACAGGUGCGCUCAUCCUCUGGGACAGGUGCGCUCAUCCUCUGGGACAGGUGCGCUCAUCCUCUGGGACAGGUGCGCUCAUCCUCUGGGACAGGUGCGCUCAUCCUCUGGGACAGGUGCGCUCAUCCUCUGGGACAGGUGCGCUCAUCCUCUGGGACAGGUGCGCUCAUCCUCUGGGACAGGUGCGCUCAUCCUCUGGGACAGGUGCGCUCAUCCUCUGGGACAGGUGCGCUCAUCCUCUGGGACAGGUGCGCUCAUCCUCUGGGACAGGUGCGCUCAUCCUCUGGGACAGGUGCGCUCAUCCUCUGGGACAGGUGCGCUCAUCCUCUGGGACAGGUGCGCUCAUCCUCUGGGACAGGUGCGCUCAUCCUCUGGGACAGGUGCGCUCAUCCUCUGGGACAGGUGCGCUCAUCCUCUGGGACAGUUCCUUUCCUCCACUCCCCUCCCUCCACUGCAGCGUGCGGCCGUCAGACGAGUGGGUGGCAGCACAGGUGCCGGGCAUCAUCCGUGCCGCUGUGGCCGCCACCGGGGGAAGGGGCGAAGGGGGGAGUGAGGGGGAGGAUGAGGAGGGGCGGGGCGUGGGGAAGCGGGGAGGGGAGGGGGGAGGGGAGGGGGGAGGGGAGGGGGAGGCGGAUGUGGAUGAGGAGGCCAUGGCUCUGGCGCUGUGCAACGUGCUGGCGGGGUGCUGCCUGGCGCUCGGUGAGUUGACCCAUGCCAUUGCCCUGGGUGCCUGGCAGCUGGGCGGGCUGAGUCUAGUGAGGCAGGAAGAGUGUGGGGAUAGAGAAGGGCUGCGCUAUGCGGGUUCAGCCAAUGGCGAGGCGGAGAAGCUUCUGCGGCGCUAUGCGCUGCUCUUCUUCCUCCUCCGCGAGCGCCGGCCCCUCACGGCCGUGGCCUGCCCGUUCGCCGUGCCGCUGCUGCACUGGCGGGCGCUGCUGGACGCGCGCACCCUCGACACUGCUGUCAACGCUGCCGUGCUCUCCCUCUCCCUCGUUAUGGCAGGCACGGGCCAUCUACCUUCGCUGCGUUUGUUACGAUUCUUCCACCGUCGCACCGCUGCUGCUGCCGAUGCCGCUGCUGUCAACGCCGCCACCACCUAUGGCUCGCACAUGGCGGUGAGCAUGGCGAUCGGUUUCCUGGGCCUGAGUGCCUGCCAGGCCACCUUCUCCACGUCGCCCCCUGCUGUGGCGGCGCUGCUGCUCGCGCUCUUCCCGCACUUCCCCUCCUCGCCCGCCGACCACCGCUGCCACCUGCAGGCGUUGCGGCACUUCUGGGUGCUGGCGGUGGAAGAGAGGGCGUUCGUGGAGGCUGUGGACGUGGACACGUGGCAGCCUGUCAUUGCUCCACUGCACCUCACCCUCAAGUCCUCUGACUCGUCCACUCCAACCGCGCUGUCGCUGCAUACGCCGUGCCUGCUGCCGCCGCUGCCUCAGCUGAGGGAGCUGCGGCUGUGUGGCGGCAACUUCUGGCCACUGCGAGUGGCAGCGAGGAUAGCAGACCCUUCCCGCCCGUCCCUGCGAGCCAUGAGGAGGAGGCGGCGAGGGGGGCAUGGUGCAGUCGCUGCAGGGGGGGGUGGGGGGCGGAAGGCGGUGGGGAGCGCAAUGGGAGCGGGUGUAGGUGGGGAGGGCAGUGGGGGCCGGCACCUGGUGCUGCUGGUGAAGGGGCGGGGGGCACAGGCUGGCAGCGGCGGUGCUGCAGCAGUGGGGGAGACGGGAGACCCCAGGUCCCGCAUGGGGGAGGAGGUGAGCGCUCAUGUGCGCUUGCAUGCUCCCUGCCCCCCUCACUGCCCCUUCCCCCCCUUUCCCCUUCAUUACAGCACUUGA